AUGUCAGAAUAAUAAGAUAGUUCAUUAUAAGGACAACUCUUUGAUAAUUUAAGAUCUUUGAUUACACUCAUCGAUCAGUUGAGAGACUUAGGAGUUUAGGAGUACAUCAAAUUACCCAGAAUAGCUGUGUUGGGAAGUUAGAGUGCAGGAAAAAGUAGUCUUUUGGAAAACAUUGUCGGAUUGGAUUUCUUACCAAGAGGAGAAGGUAUAGUGACAAGAAGACCUUUGGAAAUGAGAUUGAUACAUAAACCUGACGCAUUAAAACCAUGGGCAGUGUUUGAUGUGUGCAAAGAUCAGAAAUUCUUUGAUUUUGAGAAGGUUAGAGAAUACAUUGUAGAAUUGACAGAUAAAGCAACAGGAAAUUCAAAAGAUGUUGUCCCUGACCCAAUUGUAAUGACUGUCUAUUCACGAGAUUGUCCAGACUUGACAGUGAUCGAUUUACCAGGAAUUACAAGAAUAGCAAUCAAAGGACAGAGAGAAGACAUAGAAAAAGUCACUUUGGAGAUGGCCACUCAUUAUUGUUAAGAUGAGAGAACAAUAAUCUUAGCUGUGUGUCCAGCCAAUCAGGAUUUAUCAACUAGUGAUGGACUUCAAUUAGCAAUCAAAUUAGAUCCAACAGGAUCAAGGACUUUGGGUGUUAUUACAAAAAUUGAUAUCAUGGAUUAAGGAACAGAUUGCAGAAAGGAAUUGUUGGGACAAAUAAUUCCAUUGAAAUUGGGUUUUGUUGGUGUUAAAAACAGAAAUUAAAAAGACAUUAAUGAGAAGGUCAGAGUUGGUAUUGCAUUGUAAAGGGAGACUGAUUUCUUUGCAAAACAUCCAUUAUAUUCUUAAAUGCCUCCAGACAUCAUGGGAACAAAGGCAUUGAUUCAGAAAUUAACUACUAUUUUGUUUAAACAUAUUCGAGCAUCCUUGCCUCAGAUCAUUAGGGAAAUCGAUUAAAAAGUAUAGGACUGUGAAGUCAAACUCGCUCAAUUAGGCCCAGGAUUACCAAGAGACAACAAGGAGAAGAUGCAAGUUAUAUGGAAUAUGUUGACUGAAUAUACAGAAAAUUUAAAUAAUAAAUUAAGAGGAAAAUUCGAUGUUAAAUCAGCAUUACAGAAAGACACUCAAAUCUCAGGAGGAGCCUAAGUGAAACUAUAUUUGAAUGAACUAUACAAUGAAUAAUCUGGCAAGAAUUACAGAGUCAGUCGAGAGUACACAGAUAGAGAAAUUAGAGAAGCCAUCAGAUUACAUUAAGCUUUUUAUAUUUAAUCAUGCCAUAAUUAGAGAAGAUUGAGGGAUCCUGCAAUAGAUACUUUAAAUGAAGUGUUUACCUAUGUUGACUCAUUGUCUAAUAGCAUAUUGAAAAAGGUGUUUUACAGAUUCCCAACAAUUUUAGAUGCUAUUUCAGACAUCAGUUCUUAAGUACUGACAGAAUAAAAGAACAAAACUAAAGUUGUUGUUGAAAACUUGAUUGAUGCUGAAUUAGGAUACAUUUUCACAAAUGAUCAAGACUACUUAACCAUGAAUGCCAGCAUUAUCCCAUAAGAAGAUAAAGAAGACUAGAAAACUGCAGCUGCUGCUCCAACAGGUGACAAUGCUGCUGGCACUGCAAAUACGGCAAAUACAUCUGCAAACACUGCGAAUAAACCUGCUGCUUAGGCUAACAAAUAAGACACAGACCCUGAAAAGGUUUUAGCUUAAGAAUUGAGCAGAAGAUUAGAUGCUUAUUAUAGAAUUGUCAUAAGAAACCUAAGAGAUUCUGUUCCUAAGGCAAUAGGGUAUUUCUUAGUUAGAGCUGCUUAAGAAUAAAUGCAAUUCUAAUUAUACAAUGAAAUCAUGAAAAGUUAGUCAGUGAUGGGAUUGAUGUCUGAACCUGAAUACAUUACAAUCGAAAAGAGAUACCAUCAAAAAGACAUUGUUAGUGUUGAGAAAUGCAUAGAAACUCUUGAAAUAAGAUCCACAAUAAACAUUCCAACGACAAACUAGUGAAGCAGUUAUGGAUAAGGUGAAGAAGACAGCAGCAGAAACAAUUAAUAAAACAAAAAGAUUUCUUGGGAUGUGAUUUUAUCUAAUAAAAUAACCAAGCAUAUUAUAUUAUAAAAAAUAAAUAUCUA